UAAGAUUUUAAAUUUUUAAAAUUUUUACUAGCCACUACAGCACUUCCGCGUCUUCGCAGCAAUCGUCGAGCCGCAGUAGUUGACUUUUGCCCAGUGCGUGCACGGAACUAACAACAAUUACGUAUCAGCAGCAUCGUAGGGGCCAAGAGCAGAAGCAACGAAAAAGAAAGAUCUAAAAAUAUUUUAAUCGUCUUACUCGAAUAUUUUCAUUUCGCGAAACGCGAAUAGACAGAACUUUACAUUGACAAAACAACGCAUUAUUAAACGCUAAAAUGGUAUUAAAAGUCUACGUCAGCGGCAUGUCCGGCAACAAGGAGGUUAAGAAGCGCCAACAGCGUGUCCUGAUGAUACUCGACAGCAAGAACAUCCAGUAUGACACCGUGGACAUCACAGAGCCAGGAAAAGAGGGAGAGAAGGAGAUGAUGCAGAACAAAUCGACCAGCAAUGGCGGCACAGUCUCCGAUCCCGAUCCCCGGCACCCGCUCCCUCCGCAGAUCUUCAACGAUGCGGACUACUGCGGCGACUACGACGCCUUCGACAUGGCCAACGAGAUCGACACCCUGGAGGUGUUCCUUAAGCUGGCUCCCGCCGACACCACGGCCGUGAGCAGUGCCCAGAUCGAGCUUAAGCAGGAGAACGGCGAUGCCAAGAAAGAUGAGGAUGGCGAAAAGGAGAAGACGACAGAAAAGGAUGAGGUGGCACCCGCGGAGGAGGCUGCUACUGAAGCCAAUGGCGAGGCGGGGGAGAAGGCAGAGAAGAAAGACGAAGAAGAAGCAGAGACGACGAGCGAGGAUAAGGAGAAGGACGAGGGCGAAGGUGCAGACGCCAAGGAAGAGAAUGGCGAGGAAAAGACUGAAACCGAAGCUGAGGAAGCGUCAGCGAAGGAGGACUCGACAGGUAAUGAAUCAAAGGAAGAUCAGGGUGAAACUGAGAAACCGGUGGGAGAACAAGAAGGUGAAAAGGACAUCGAAAAGCCAAAUGAGGACGCCGAUGAGAAGACCAAGGCAGAUGACGAGGCUGAUACAGAAGAAAAGCCUUCGGAAGAAGAGGAUGCGAAGGAGAUAGUUGAAGAGGCUGGUGGGGACAAAGUAAAAGCAGAAACUGACAAAGAAGCCGAAAAGGAGAAUGACGGAGAAGAGGAGAAAGCAGUUGUGGCGGAAAAGGAGACUCAGGAAGAAAUAAAAAAACAGGACGAAGCAGAGUCGAAGGAGUUUGAGAAAGAAGACGGUAACAAGGAUGACGAAGAAACUAAUGAAAGAGUAGCAGAGACGGAAAAAGAGGCCGAAGCAGAUGGUGAGGGAGAAGAUGCAAAGAAGGAGGAAGAAGUGGCUGAAACGGAAACCAGCAAAGCAGAAGAGACACCAGAAGCAGCCACCUCUGAAACGGUUGAGACCGACGAUGCUGAAAAGGAGACGGAGAAAGCAGAUGAAACAGAAGAAGAAGCCGCCACCGAAACAGUCACGACCGAAGAUGCUGAAAAGGAGACUGAGAAAGCACAGGAAAAUCAAGAAGAAUCCGCCUCUGAAACAGCCGCAACCGAAGAUGUUGAAAAGGAGACGGAGAAAAAAGAGGAAACUCAAGAAGAAUCCGCCUCUGAAACAGUCGCAACCGAAGAUGUUGAAAAGGAGACGGAGAAAAAAGAGGAAACUCAAGAAGAAGCCGCUCCCGUAUCGGGCGAAGUCUCUGAAAAGGAGACUGAGAAGAAGGAGAGCGCUGAUCCAGAGGCCAAAGAGGAAUCAGAAGAUGGCAGCAGUAAACCAAAGGCUGCGGAAGGUGAAGAGAAGGCAGAGGCGUCCUCCUCCGGGGAGGAAGAGAGCAAAACGGUGCAAUAACUGUAAACUACCGCAAAAAAAAAGGAAAAGUCCAAGCAAAAACAACAACCAUCAUUCACUGUAACCUGUAUCCCAAGUGUCCGAAUGCAAGGUUAGGCAUUUCCAGAGAGCGAAUUACAGUUGCUAUGACUGCGAGCAAAGAAAGAUCGAAAGGCACCUUGCAAUUGUACACCUUGGAACGAAUGAGCGUAGCAACCACACGGCACACCCACAUGAAACACACGCACACGCACACAUUAAGCAUAUAAUGCCGCAAUAUUUUGUAAAUAGAAAACUCACUAAUCACACAAAUUCAGGUGGCGGGUAACGAACCUUAGAGUAAUGCUUGAUACACACUUACCCCAAGCUCUAGCGACUUUUUAAAACAUUUUUCUUCCUUAACGCGCUCCCAUGCACAC